AUGGGCAUGGUUGGAAAGAGGCUCAUUCUAGCACAAGAAGAAGCUGAUGCAGCUGAUGCAGCUGAUGCAGCUAAUGCAGAUGCUCCAGUUACUAGCCCUAUGGAUAGAGCAAGAGCAAGAGCAAGCCCCCCUGCACGUGCCGGAGCCGAUGCCAGUGCCAGCCCAGCUUCGGUCCUACAGGUCUCUAUUUGCACACAGAAUACCAGCAGUGUAAUUGCUGCAAAGAAUUCACGGAAGACUCCAACGGAACCCCACCAAUUUCCAUCACAGGACGAUGUGCAACAAGAUCAACAGGUUCUGAUCGGAGCAGUGGCAGUACGAGGGGCUACUAGAGAGGAACAAGAUGUAUCCUCAGGAACCAGCACUCCCGAUCUGGAACAGCAAGACUUUGUUCGUGAUAAUCAUCAUGGCAAUCGUAAUGCCGGCCUGGUGGUAGCAGAGUCAGUGGGCGACCUGGAACUGCCCAGAGCCAUAGCUGUUCCUGCCAUUGACAGCACCAACACCAGACGGUCCAUUACUCAGAAGUAUCAAUUUCGAUUUGCAGCUUUUGCAAUCACUCUAUUGCUCAUUGGAGGGAUCAUUAUCGGCUCCAUUUGUGGGGCUGGAUUGUGUAAGGCUGAUGAUUCUGUUCAGCCUACAAUGACAGACAGGGACAUGCUUCAGGCUCCCAAAAUGAAAGCAGUCCUAACUGAAAUCUUGGGAGAUGGCUACUUUGAUCAAGUGGAAGAAUCCGGUGAUGGUUUGGAAGUGCAUCUAUCUCAAUUCUUGCUGGAAACAAGGCAGACAGCAUUUGAUUGGAUCGUCAACCACGAUCCGAUGCAGUUGGGAUAUAGAGCUCCCAAUUUGGUUCAACGAUUUGUUCUGGUGCUCUUCUACUACCAGACCACAAAGAACAAACCAUGGAAGGUGUGCAACCCACCAGCAACCAACCAAAGACGCACAACAACCAAUUUUUGCUACCAGCCAGAGUACCACACUGGUGACAUUACAGUAAACAUCUGGGGCGACCAGUGGCUCUCUGACAGUCACGAAUGCCAGUGGGCUGGAGUAGCCUGUGAGACUGUACAGUCAAAAGAAAAGACAGUUGUUGAACUAGUCCUUGAACGCAAUCAUCUCAAUGGCCAUCUUCCCUGGGAGGUUGCACAACUGCCAUGGUUGAAACAACUUGAUUUGUACAAAAAUGUGCUAACUGGAACACUGCCACCAAAGUUCUUUUCCAACCAAGCGGGUCUUGCCCUGGAAGCUCUCUUGUUGGGUGAGAAUCAAUUCUCUGGCACUAUUCCUGUAGAAUGGGUUCCUGACCUUCUUGAAGGAAAUGGAAAAUUUUACCAUCUUGGUCUACAGCAAAACACUUUGACCGGGAAAAUUCCCUCAGAGUUGGGUCUACUCACUUUCAAAACCCUUUCACUUGCAAACAACAAACUCACAGGUUCUAUUCCACAAGAAAUAUUCAACCAAUCUUUGCUUGAGUGGCUCUUUCUGAGCAACAAUGAUUUCACGGGCACAUUGCCAAGUGAAGUUGGACUGCUCUCUAAUUUGCAAAGGCUGAACUUGACUUACACACAGAUUUCUGGUUCCUUACCCUCUGAGAUAGGCCUGCCAAACCAGCUUGUUGAACUCGUACUCUCUAACACCAACCUGCAAGGGACAAUUCCUGAUGAACUCUAUACAAGACUUGACGGUCUUCAGGGUUUGUCGCUUAGCAAUUGCAACUUUUCUGGUACCAUCAGCCCAUCACUUGGCCUGUUGACAACCCUAAGCCACCUGCAUCUGUCCAAAAACAAGUUCCAUGGGACCAUCCCGAAUGACCUUGUGGCAGUCACAAUGCUGGAACACCUACUGGUCGAUGGAAAUGACUUAUCUGGCACAGUUCCAAUCUCCUUCUGUCAAAAUUUCUAUGCCAAAGAAGGAACUUUUUACAAGGUUGUGGCAGACUGUUUGCCGGAUCCAGAAACUGGAAUACCAAGAAUAGAAUGUGAUUGCUGCACGAGUUGCUGUGAUGAGACAGGAGUUUGCCUUGCCAAUUAA